AUGGCUUCCAAGGCGCAGGAUGCCAUUGCCCCGAUCGACCGGUCGUCAGACGAUUAUCGGGACUCGUCUUCAGUGGCCAAGAUUGUCGAAAAUGCAAAGGCGGCCACGGACAAAGAGCAACACAUGACCUUGUUGCAAGGUAUCAAACUCUAUCCCAAAGCUGUGGCAUGGAGCAUCCUCAUCUCCACGUGCAUUGUUAUGGAAGGAUACGAUAUCAGUCUAAUCAAUAACUUCUACGCUUUCCCUCAAUUCAAUCGCAAGUACGGCGAGCAAACGCCGAAGGGGUAUGAAGUGCCAGCACGGUGGCAAGCAGGUCUGAGCAACGGUGCUUAUGUCGGAGAAAUCAUCGGUCUUUUUAUUAACGGCUGGGCCUCGGAACGUUUCGGAUAUCGUCAUACUAUUCUUGCUUGUCUAAUUUUGAUCACGGCGUGGACCGCCAUCUUUUUCACGGCCCCUAAUGUUCAAGCUUUGCUCGCCGCCGAAAUCCUUGCCGGUAUUCCCUGGGGCGUGUUCCAGACUCUCACCGUGACCUAUGCCUCCGAAGUCUGUCCUGUUGCGUUGCGCAGCUAUCUAACAACCUAUGUCAAUUUUUGUUGGGGUCUCGGCCAGCUGAUUGGAGUGGGUGUGAUCUCGUCAAUGAUUAACCGGGACGACGAAUGGUCAUAUCGAAUCCCGUACGGUCUACAGUGGAUGUGGCCCCUUCCCCUCUUUAUUGGAAUCAUGCUCGCCCCCGAAUCACCAUGGUGGCUGGUCCGACGGGGGAAAACACAGGAAGCGAAGAAAGCUCUGCUACGCUUGACCAGUCUAAACCGGGAGACGGAUUUCGACGCUGACGAAACCAUCUCCAUGAUGGUCCACACUACCGCUCUGGAAGCUACGAUCACUCAAGGAGCCUCCUAUUUGGAUUGCUUCAAGGGGGCUAACCUCCGCCGAACUGAGAUUGUCUGCAUGGUAUGGGCCAUUCAGAACCUAAGCGGCAACUCCUUCUCCAACUAUUCCACCUACUUCCUCAAACAGGCCGGCCUGGACACAUCCAAAGCAUAUGCCUUUGCCAUGGGACAAUAUGGUAUCAACAUGGUUGGUGUCUUCGGUGCAUGGUUCCUCAUGACCAUGGGAAUGGGCCGCCGAGCCCUAUACUUGUAUGGCCUUUGCGCACUCUGUAUUAUGCUGUUCGUCAUGGGAUUCCUUGGCCUCGUUCCGGACGAGCACCGGAAGCAGGGAUCCCUCGCGACGGGAGCCAUGAUGGUGAUCUGGGCCUUAUUUUACCAGCUGACGGUUGGCACGGUUGCCUACUCCCUUGUGUCUGAGUUGUCCACUCGACGACUGCAGAUCAAGACCGUGGUUCUGGGCCGCAAUCUGUACAAUAUCGUCGCCAUCAUCUGUGGUGUCCUAACACCGUACAUGCUGAACCCGGACUCCUGGAACUGGAGAAACUACGCCGGGUUUUUCUGGGGCGGUCUCUGUUUCUGCUGUAUCAUCUACACUUACUUCCGGAUCCCUGAGCCAAACGGCCGUUCGUUUGCCGAGCUCGACGUUCUUUUCGAGCGUGGGGUCAGCGCCCGCAAGUUCGCCAGCACCCAGGUUGAUGUCUUCGACGAGACCAUUGAAGGCCGCGUGGUAAAGGAUUACCAGACUCAGAAGACGGCCGCCCUGGCUGAUGUGACUGGGUUGGAGAAGCAAGCUUAA